AUGUGGCAUCAAUUACUCAUAGAUGUAUUUUUACAUAUAUCACCACUGGAUUCGAGUAAAAAUGAAAUGGUACAAUAUUGUCGAUUGAAUUAUAAAGAUAAGCCAAAUGCAUUAAAAGUUAUUGAUGAUUUUAAUAGAACAUAUAAAUCGAAUGAUGCUAUUUGGUGGAAUACUCAGGACUACAUUUCUUCUCUAUUAAAUAAUAUUUUAAAUUCCAAUGAUAUUCAACUCAUGUUUAAAUUUCACUCAUAUAUUAUUGAUUUAAACAACCAAUUAUGUCAGAUACAUUCUCAAUUUAUUCAAAAUUUAUUAGUGAAUCAAAAGAUUGUUACUGUCUAUCUAGGACAAGUCAUGUCACGUGAGAAUUUAAAACAUUUAAAAAAUAAUAUUGGUGGACUAAUGAUGAUAAAACAUUUUUUAAUGACAACUAGAAACAGAGAAAUGGCUCUAAUAUUCGCUGGAUAUGGAUCAGAAAUGACACAAGGAGAAUCAGUAUUAUUUCAUAUAACAAUUAACAUUCAUACGAUAAAGAAACCAUUUGCUCCAAUUAAACACAUGGUAAAUAUGUCAGAUAGCGAAGAAAUAAUGCUUUCAAUGGCAUCUGUUUUUUGUAUUGAAUCAGUUGAACAAUCAGAUAAUCGUGUAUGGUGUAUAAGAUUAAAAUUGAUAAAUGAUGAAGAUGUUCAAGUAAAAGAACUGGCUACAUUCAUCAAAAAAGAGAUUAACACUACAGUGCCUACAUUAAUAAUUGGAAAAAUUUUGGUUAUGAUGGAUGAUUAUGAUUCGGCUGACCGAUAUUAUAAAAUGCUUUUGUCAACUAAUAAUCAUUCUCUUAAAGGAGCUAUUCAUACAAAUCUAGGAAUUGUAAAUAAUGAAAAGGGUAUGUAUAGCGAAGCACAAAAACAAUUUCUUGAAGCACUUACCAUUGAAACAAAAUGUAUACCUCCAAAUUAUCCCAAUCAAGCAGCAAUCUACACUAAUUUAGGAACAAUAUUUGAGAAAAAUAAUAAUAAUACUGAAGCUCUACAGUACUAUGAGAAGGCACGCGAAAUGGCAUUAAAAUCUCCUCAAUCAGAUCUUUUAUUAGCAUCAAUACACAACAAUAUUGGCACAAUUUAUAAGAAUAUGGGUGAUUAUCCGAAAGCCAUGGACAAUUUUUCUAAAGCAUAUCAACUAUAA